UGGCUGCUCAAAAGAGGGCGCAGAGUUGAUUAAGAGGGAUGGCUUCAAACCAUCAAGUGCAGAUAGAAUGCUUGGAGCUGGUGUUUAUGUUAAAUACCUUCUUGAUGUUCCCGACUCUGAGAAAAGAGUACUAAAAGUCAGAGUGGAUGUAGGGAAGGUUAAGAUCAUAGACAAGCAGGGUCACCCCAUGCAGAAGACAUGGCACACUGUGCAUGGCUUUGACACUGCCUGGGUUCCUCCUAAUGUUGGCAUGGUACUGUGUAACCAGGAGGACGACUGUGUCUAUGACCCAAAGAGAAUCAAAGUCAUCGAGGUCAUGAAGGUUACUGAAGAUAACUUGUAGGAGCAGGUAGAGUAAAGUGAGAGGGAGAAACAAGAGCUGGUCAUGGAGUUGGAGCAACUGAAAGAGCAAAAUGAGACUCUGAGAAGUGUCCUGAAGAAGCAACAGCGAGAGAUUGAUCGUCUCAAGGAGGCUCGGACACAGUUGCACCAGGAGCGGCAGGCUUCCAACAAUACCCGCAGACGUGCAGAGAAAGCCGAAAGGGAACUGGAGGAGGUCAAUGAGCGCAUGGAGAGCACUUCCAUGACGUCUGCUCAGACGAAGCAGAAGAGCAGCAAACUAGAGAUGCAACUUUUAGAGUUACGCAGAAUCAUUGAGGAGAAAGAAAACAUCGCAGAGAUGGCUAAAGUAGAAAAUGAGGAGUUGUCCAGAGAAAACCAGGAUCUAAAAAGAGAUAUUGAGAGACUUCGCAAGGAGUUUGCUGCCCUCCAGGCUGCUCCAGUGUCCAUGGAGCAUCCCAGCCCUUAUGGCUCUCCAACUGACCCCACCCCCACUGAGGAGCAGCAGCAAGAUGUACUAUCUGACUGUCUCCCCUCUGGGGACCACUAUGAGACCCCAGACACUGCUCCAAACUCCGAGGAGGAAGAGUUGUCCUUGGAGUGUCGUCACUGCCACGAGUGGUUCCCUGGCAUCACCCAGGAUGAGCUGGAGCUACACGAGGACAGCCAUAGAGUGCGCCCCUUCUGUACCCUCAUCUGUAACGGAAUGGAGCUGACUAUAUUUGAAGACCACGUCUUCAGCCAAGAGGCGUUUGCUGCCCUCCAGGCUGCUCCAGUGUCCAUGGAGCAUCCCAGCCCGUAUGGCUCUCCAACUGACCCCACCCCCACUGAGGAGCAGCAGCAAGAUGUACUAUCUGACUGUCUCCCCUCUGGGGACCACUAUGAGACCCCAGACACUGCUCCAAACUCUGAGGAGGAAGAGUUGUCCUUGGAGUGUCGUCACUGCCAUGAGUGGUUCCCUGGCAUCACCCAGGAUGAGCUGGAGCUACACGAGGACAGCCACAGAGUGUGCCCCUUCUGCACCCUCAUCUGUGAUGGAAUGGAGCAUGCUAUAUUUGAAGACCACGUCUUCAGCCAUUAGGUGUAGAGAUGCCACAUCCUCAAAACCCAUUAUACAGAGAGUUGCUGAGAGUAGACUAAAGCUGAUACUCUACGGAUUAUGUUUCUAACAACCCAUCUAGAACAUUAUAAAACAAACAUUUAUAUCCCCCUGUUCAUAAAUGUCCUCUUGUCUAAGACUGUCCAUUCUUAAUUUCAGUCUUAGAGUAGAGAUUUGCCUCCAUUGCUGGUCAAUAGGAAUGUAUUGCUUUGCUAUUUAAUGGUUUCUCUAUUGUUAUAAUCUCUGCUCAACUAGCCGGUGCCCCCGCACAUUGACUCUGCACCGGUACCCCCCUGUAUAU